UACUCCGCAUUGUCACGUUGAAAGAAUUUAGGCCAAAUCAUACAUCUUCUUGACUGGCAGUAACAAAAGACCUGUUUCGAUAUCUUGUGACGAUUGCAUGCAGCAAAAUGAUAGAAGAUACAGUGCUUAUAAUUUUCAUUGCUGUAGUUACUGCGCUUUUCAGCGAAGGACUAACAUACUUGCUGAUUUAUAGGACUGAAAAAUACAAAAAGCUAACUGCAGAAGUAGAAAAAAAUAGCAAGAAACUGGAAAAAAAGAAAGAGUCUGUUGCUGAUAUAUCAAAACAAAGUGGGCAGAAGAAGAAGAUAGAAAGAGUUGAAGAAAAAUUAAAGAGUCAUAACAGGGAUUUGUCAAUGGUGAAGAUGAAAUCAAUGUUUGCAAUUGGCUUUACAUUUACAGCCCUUAUGGGAAUGUUCAAUUCCAUAUUUGAUGGGAGGAUUGUAGCAAAACUACCCUUUGUACCAAUCCCUCUAAUGCAAGGUCUAUCGCACAGAAAUAUCAGAGGCGAAGACUACACUGAUUGUUCAUUCAUUUUCUUUUAUAUAUUGUGCACAAUGUCAAUCAGACAGAAUAUCCAGAAAGUUCUUGGUUUUGCACCAUCUCGUGCUGUCAGCAAAGUUGGAGGGGGACUCUUCACGCCGCCCCAGGCUUCAAAAUGAUUAUGUUAACAUUUUAAAUGUUUUUUUGCUAUGCAAAGUGAACCCAUCAAAACAAAUUUAAAUAUUUUUUUUGUUUUUGUUGGAAUCUUUCAUUUGUUCUUCAAUCCA